UGUAUAAACGCAGUGUUGUGUGUUUCACAAUGUUUGUUUUUUUAUGUUUGCCGGUUGCUGUCAUUCAUGAAUAUUCCGGUUGUAGCAGCUGCGUGAAGAAUGUACAACAGAACGGCGGGAAAAUUUCAUCUCAAUAAGCAAUACGAUAAGUUUUCUUGCUUGGUCUUGUGUAAAAUCAAACAAACAUGGGAGUUUUAGGGCUUUGGAAGCUAAUCGAACAGUCGGGUAAGCCGGUUCCGCUGGAUACGUUGGAGAACAAAGUGUUGGCCGUAGAUAUAUCGAUUUGGUUGCAUCAGGUGAUAAAAGGAUUCCAGGAUUCGAAAGGUAGCGCUUUACCAAACGCUCAUGUGCUUGGUUUAUUUCACCGUUUGUGUAAAUUGAUGUACUACCGUAUCAAACCCAUAUUCGUAUUCGAUGGGGGUGUUCCAAUCUUGAAGAAACAAACCAUUGCAAAGCGUCAUCAGAGCAAAAACAACUACCAGAAUGAGGCAGAUCGUAUACAGCAACUAUUGCUUGAAACGCUGGCCAAGGAAAAAGUUGUCCAGCAAGCACUUGGAUCGGCUACGAACAUUCUUAUAUCACCUUCAAAGAAAGCGAAUACGAGCGGUGGACCUAGCACUAGCAAGCAAUCCGACCGUGAGGAGGAUCCUGAUACGAUCUUCAAACUGCCACCGAUGAAGGCUCCCGAAGAACCAAUUGAUUUGGAUCGCAGCGAUAGUUCGAUGGAUGAUAAGUCUUCCCGGCACUAUUACCAUCUGAACUUGAACGCGAUUGACGUGACCAGCAUCUACUUUAAGAAUUUACCGGCCGACGUAAGGCACGAGAUUCUGAACGACAUCAAGGAAACUCGCAAACAGUCUUCGUGGGGUAGACUUCACGAGCUACCAGUUGAGAGUGAUUCGUUUUCGUCAUUUCAAAUGAAACGCUUGCUGAAGAGACGUCAGGUUCAGGUCGAGCUCGAAGAAGCCGAGAAGGAAAUGGGUGGCAAGUGUCUCUCACUGGCCGAGUUGGAAUCUUUGCUUACCGAGGAAGGUGUAGAAACAUCAUCAAACAGAGCUGCGCAACAGAUAGCAUCAGAUGAAAAUACGCGUUUCUUGCUCGUGCGCGAUGUUCAAAAAGCGAUCGAAAAAGCAAAGGUUCGCGAAGAAGCAGAAAAGCUAGCACCGAAAGCUCCAAAAUUGCCAAAACUGUCUAAAGAGGAGUUGGCCAGUAAAGUGGGAGCCGAAGAAGACGACAAAGAGAUGGAUGAAGAGCUGCAACUUGCGAUUAAAAUGUCACUAAUGCAGGAUGAAGAUCCUCACGCAUUAAUCGAACUCGACGAAGAUGAUUUGCGCAUGUCACGGAAACAAAAGCAAGCACUCGGAAACGCUGCACAAAGCUUAGCGCGUGGUUUUAUGCUCGAGUAUGGUGGAAUGACAAAUGAAGAAUUCAACGAACUGUUGCAUCAAACGCAGGAUGUCGAUGGAGGAGACAUUAAUGAUUCGAUGUCGCAAAUGUUUGUCUAUAAUGGAGAUUCAAUUGUACAAAAUACUUUAGAGAUUGUACACGAAAUACCAGAUGAGGAAGAAAAGGUAGUGGAAGAAAAAGAGGCUCCAGAAAAAACGGACAGCGAACCGGAAACUGAAUCCGAUUCAGACUUCGUUGAUGUGCCGGAGGAUAAUUUGAACGAUUCGCAAGAAGGCAUUUCACUGCCGUUAAAUAGUACCAAUCACUUCAAGCCGCACUUUAAUCCAAUCGUUGAUUUUACUAUCGAUGAUCUGAAACAGCUAUCUGAAGCGGGAUCAUCUAAAAAAAAGGAAGUGGUGGAAGUAAUUAUUAAGCAAGAGGAUAUAGGAGUAUGCGAUAAGGACGAUAUAUUUGCCGAUAUUUUCGUUGCGAAGAAGGAAAACAUUAAUGAAGCGGAGGCUGCAGAAAAUAAUCGGUCCUCCAUACAGGAGCAACCCACCCUACCGAUGAUCAGUAUACCAAUGAAACAAGUGAAUGAUCUUCUGCAAGAAGAAAAUAGCUCAGAUAGUACCAGCAAACAGUCGAAUGCAGAAGAUCAAAACGUUCCAAAAGCAUUUCCUGGAUUAAAGAUAAAGAAAGUAGACGACAUAAAUGCUCAGCUGAAGGAAGAACUUGAAAAUCUAAAGAAAGGUCCGGCGGUGAUUGAUUUAGGAGACAUCGUUAAAGCCCCACUUUUGCCUGUGUCUGAGCCAGCUCUGCCCAGUACAGAUUUAAAAAGCAUUAGUGAGACACUCAAAAAACAGCUGGAUGAAUUAAAAGCGAAUGCAAAUUCGUUUCAAUUAGAUGAAAUUAAACUGGAUAGUGUCGAAAAGACCCAAGCGCACAACAAUGAUGAAGAUGCUGACAGUGAUGUGACUAUUAUUUAUGAUGCUGAUUUAAGCAUCCAACGAACUCCCACUAAGCAGAUUGUUCCGGGCAAUGAUCAGAUGAAAGAAACUAAAUCAUCACCGAAAGCGACCGAAGAUGCAACGGUGAUUGAAAUUGCGGACAGCCCGGCUAAGAAAGGAACUUUGGAACACUUAGUAUUGGCCCGCACACCCGGCAAAGAUUCACACAAAUCGAACGAAUCAGAAGAAUCGGUACCACACGUACCGAAACCAUUCUUCGUCAAUAAAACACCUCCUUCGUCAAAGAAAGCGAACCAAGAGGCUGGUACAGAAAAGCAAACUACUUCCGGGAAAUCUGUUUCGAAAGAGUUGUUCCCCGAGCCCGAACCGAUACCGUCGACGAGCAAACAGCCACCACCGGAUCCGAAGCCUGUCAGUGCGGAAAAUCUCAUCACCGAAAUGGCGGACACACUGAAGGAAUCUCACACACCGCUCGAGCUGAAGCGGAUGGCGCUUGAUCUGGCCCAAACAGAGCGUGAGCUAGAGCGCGAAAAGAACAAACAAUCGCGCCUGGGCGUAUCAAUAACCGAUCAGAUGCGUAACGAUUGUAUGGAACUGUUGCAGAUCUUCGGCGUACCGUACAUUGUGGCACCGAUGGAGGCGGAAGCACAGUGUGCAUUUUUGAACCAGAUCGAAAUGACGGACGGUACGAUUACGGACGAUAGUGAUAUCUGGCUGUUCGGUGGGAAGAAAGUGUACAAAAACUUCUUCAACCAACAGAAGCUCGUCCUUGAGUUUACCAUCGAAGGUAUAGAGCAGACGUUUCAUAUGGAUCGUAAAAAGCUGAUCCAGCUGGCACUGCUAGUGGGCAGCGAUUAUACGACGGGUAUUCAUGGUAUCGGUGCCGUGACGGCACUGGAAAUUUUGGCCUCAUUUCCACCGACCCCGGAAGAGGCAGAGGAAACAUCCGAGAUGAUGUCGAUGUUGUCCGGGUUGCGAAAGUUUCGUAACUGGUGGCAGCACGGCAGAACCGGUGCAUCCGGCACCAGGAUGGCACUGAAAUCGAAACUAAAAAAUAUCGACAUCGGUGAAGGGUUUCCUAGCACGGGAGUGGUCGAUGCGUACCUGCGCCCAACGGUUGACUUUAGCGAGGAAGAAUUCACCUGGGGCUAUCCGGACGCGGACCGGUUACGCGAUUAUGCGCGUCAAAAGUUUGGUUGGACGCAAACGAAAACGAACGACAUACUGUUGCCGGUGCUGAAACGUUUGGAUGAGCGAAAAUCGCAAGCAUCGAUAAAGAACUACUUCAAGGUGCAGAGUGCCAUCGGUCAAAGCAGGCUGAAGGUGAGCAAACGGGUACAGCAUGCCGUUGAUACGAUGGCGGGCAAGAUCGAUCCAAACGAGACAGUGAAAGCGAAGAAGAAAAGUCCAACAAAACCAAAGCAAUCCGGUGGUCGGAAGCGAAAGCAAACUACCGGCAAAGGAACGAUCGAAACGAUCGAACUUGAUGCAAUUGAAGAAGAAAACGAAAACGGAAAUGAAGAACAAGCCAACGGUUCGGUGGAAGUAAAGGACGGUGCAAAAGAUGAAAUAGUUGAAGCAACAAAUCCGGCCAAGAAAGGGGCGACUACUCGUAAGCGAACGACAGGUGGUGCAGGCACGUCAACAAAGCCGAAACGUGGUCGUAAAAAAGCAUCGAACGAUGGUACCGUCGAUGGCAAACAGCAGUCCGAGGCGGAACAAUCUACUUCACAACGACCCACACACUCGUUGGCAAAUAUAGGUGGAAUCAUUGCCAACAUUAACCAUCAAUCGGCUGGCAGUAUGGAACCGGCGGUGGACAGUUCGUUGGAAGCGCGAAGAAAGCGAAUCGGAAACAAGAUGCCGGACUUUAAUCCGGCCAUACCACAGCGUGUAAAGGACGAGGAGGAAAUGGUGGAACGGAAGAAACGGGCAGCGGAAUUGUUUAAAAAGCUGAAAGCUAACGAUAAGCAAAAACGGCAGUAACUGUAGGCAUUUUUACGAAUCAUUCUGCACAGAAAAAUACAAUUUAAAAUUGUUUCAUUUUAGUUCAGUUUAAUUAAUUUUAAUGUUUUUAAAUAAACUUAUUUUUCAUUUAA